AUGCCUCCCACCCUCGACCUUACAAAGACAUACACACACGCAGAUAUGAUCCUCUCGGCCAGAAAAUCGCCCCGAUUGAGCCUCCGUCGACCAUCACCUCACGGUAUUGAGAGAGGUCCAUUAUCAUCAACAUCUUCCCGCUUCAGCUUUCAUGACCUCCUCGCACCGCCUCUACCAUCACCUAGCCUUCCAGCCUUAGUGCCUCGACAUGGCAAGCCAAUACCGAUCCGGGCGCAAAAAAAGUACAUCCAAGGAUUAGUUUGGAUUUCGGGUGUUAUCAUGAUCUUGUACCUGGGUUUCUCGACGAAAAAGCUAGAUCGUCCGAUGAAAGCAGUGGGAUGGGCGACGCACAGCGGAGAAGAAUAUGAGAUGGUGGGGGAAUCAGAACUUCCGGAUUUUCCCACUCCUGUCAUGGUUACCGACAAACGUGGAAGGGCAAAAUGGACUGUCUCAAUCCCUCCAGAUUCCGAUUUCCCUUUGGAACCCAAGCAAUAUGCCGACAUAUGUUCACAGAAUAUGGAGGUGGCCACCCAUGUAGCGGAUAUGUAUACUCGAGUCCACAAGGAGCAUGCUGCUCAUUACGGCUAUUACCACGUCGAUAAGAAUUUUAUGGACGUCGCUGAGGCAGAGGCACAUGGUCUGUUACCUGGACCCAAAGCGCGAACUAGCAUGAAAGCAUCAUCUUUGCUUGGCGAGAAUCUAGACGGAUUGGUGGAGUCGGAUGUUUGUGAGAAGAGCAUGACUUUCGUGUUGGAAACACAAGAUGCGGGCCUAGGCAAUACGUUGUUGAUGCUGUGGACGGCGUAUGGUUUGGCGAAAAAAGAGGGUAGGGCUUUCUUCUUGGACGACUCAAGAUGGGCAUAUGGGAACUACAACAAGUUCUUCAAGUCGCCGCCAAUUCCAUCUUGUAGGCCGCCUCCACGUCACGAGAUGCUACCUUGUCCUCAUCAUGCUCGUCAUCUUCUCGUCUCAGCAGCAACUGCCGGUCACGUUUUCGGUGGUGGGUUCAAUGGUUAUUACGAAGAUGCGAGAAAGAUGGAAGUAUAUCGACAGAAACCGAUGUUCAACUUUGCACGUGAAGGCUAUGAAGCACUUUUCCAGCUUGCCAACGAGGAUGAAGAGUAUGUCGACAAACGUAUCGCCGAAAUGCGUGGAAAGACCGUCACUCCUGGAGAUGGAAAAAUCAACGGAAUUGUUGUUGGCAUUCAUGUCCGUCACGGCGAUCGCCGACCAUUUGAGUUUCAGUACAAAGACAGCUACAUACCACUGGAGAAGUAUGUUGACACAGCCAAAGAGAUCUUACGCGAGACAUUCAAUGGCUCUAGGCUUGGCAAUGACGGUAUCACGGAAGCAGCAUCCCAUAGCAUCAUGCUACUCGCUUCUGAUGAUCCUGAUGUUUAUGCAUCUGAGGAGCUCUCUGAAGCUCUACCGGCUCAACAACAAAUUCGCCUUGCCUCAAACAAACACAUCAGCAAUCCGCAACCACAGGGACCUACAGGAAUGAGAAACUUCGUUGACGAAGCAGUGGGAUGGGAAGGUGGAUUCUUCGCACCUAUGUUCUGGAGUCUCGGUAGACCCAAUGGUCUUCCACCAACUGCCGUCACCACUCCCGACGUCAAAGUUCCACCCACAGAUGAAGCUCUUCGACUAAGAGAAUUAGUAGGCCGUGCCUAUCUCAUGGAUCUCGCUGUCCUUGGGCAGGCAAGCGAUAAGAUCGUUUGCACCGUCAGCUCAGCGGGCUGUCGUAUCCUCGCCAUCAUGCUGGGCUGGGACAAGUCUUUCGACAAGGCGGGUUUCAUGAAUGUUGACGGCACUUUCGAUUGGCGUGGUAUUUCCUGGUGA